AUGCCCCUGCGAUUACUGUGUCUCCAUGGCUGGGGAACGAAUCAAAAGGCAGGUGGGCUCAUGAAAGAGCUCCAAAAAGACAACACGGCGACAUUCUCCUUCCUAGAGGGUGACAUUGACUCAGAUCCUGGCCCGGGGAUCGCCGGCUACUAUGAGGGCCCGUACUACAGCUAUUACCGGUUCCCGCGCACAUUCUCCCUCGAAGACAGCGACGAGACCGACAUUCUGGAGGCGUACAAGCUGUUAAAUGAAACAGUCGCCUUGGAAGGUCCCUUCGACGGCAUCCUGGGCUUCUCGCAUGGCGGCACAUUGGCUGCGGGCUUCAUGAUCCACCGCGCCAAGAUGUAUCCGAAGGAGCAGCCCUUGUUUCGCUGUGCUAUCUUCAUCAAUUCGCUGCCGCCAUUUCGGAAGGAUCCUGGCCCUGGAUCACGGCCGGUUGUUGAUGAUGGGUUGCAGGGUUUCAUUUCUGUUCCCUGUUUGCAUAUUGCCGGUGCUAAGGAUCCGCUUUUUGAGUACUCCCUGGCGCUACAUCGUAUUUGCAAUGCGCGGACUUCUACUUUCGCUGUUCAUGGCAAGGGCCAUGAUGUUCCUGGUGAUCGAAAGAAUGUUGCUAUUAUGGCUACUGGUGUUCGGAAACUGUGUAGUCAGACCCUGAUCUAG